UUUUGACUCCUGUAUGAUUGGCAGGCAUCUCGACCAAUAGUCAUGAGAAAACUUUGAAGUCUGUCCAACGAUCGUGGGCAGUAGGCGGUCCUGGUUUGUUGGGGUGUGUGUGUGCCGAGUGUGAGUGUAUAUGUGUGUGUGUCUGGGGGUACUGAGGGGUACGUGGGGGCGAAGCAGAACCGACCAUGGCAGCAGCGGAGGAAGAGGACGGGGGCCCCGAAGGGCCAAACCGCGAGCGGGGCGGGGCGGGCGCGACCUUCGAAUGUAAUAUAUGUCUGGAGACCGCUCGCGAAGCUGUGGUCAGCGUGUGUGGCCACCUGUAUUGUUGGCCCUGUCUUCAUCAGUGGCUGGAGACACGGCCAGACAGGCAAGAGUGCCCCGUGUGUAAGGCUGGCAUCAGCAGGGAGAACGUUGUCCCUCUUUAUGGGCGAGGGAGCCAGAAGCCCCAGGAUCCCAGAUUGAAAACUCCACCCCGCCCCCAGGGCCAGCGACCAGCUCCAGAGACCAGAGGGGGGUUCCAGCCGUUUGGUGACACCGGGGGCUUUCACUUCUCAUUUGGUGUUGGUGCUUUUCCCUUUGGCUUUUUCACCACCGUCUUCAAUGCCCACGAGCCUUUCCGAAGGGGUGCAGGUGUGGAUCUGGGACAGGGUCACCCGGCCUCCAGCUGGCAAGAUUCCCUCUUCCUGUUCCUUGCCAUCUUCUUCUUUUUCUGGCUGCUCAGUAUUUGAGCUGCGUCUCCACCCUGCCCACCUCUAGCUAGAGGAGAAUCAGUAUUGGGGUCCCUGCUGGCCAUUCCUUGCUUUUGGACCACUCCCUCACUUCUAUGACCUGUCUCUGUUGGCGAAGGCCUCCUUCAGGAGACCCUGGGGAGGAGUGACCCAUCUGGAUGGGAGUACCUGCUGCUCUGUGCUGCUGGCCCAGUAGCAGUCAUCCCCAUCCCCCACCUGGAGGAGGACGGACUAAAGACAGCCACCCAAUUCCCCUUUUGUUCCAAUCCUUUGCUUCCCCCGGAUUUCUUGAUUUGAUGUUUAAAGGUGGGCUCUCCCCCAAUCCUCCACUUGUUGAUUUAAUUUAAUUGUUCUCUCCCACCGUCUAAUAUGAGUUCUGACUCUGUCUCCUCUCCACCCCUCACUACCUCCUUUAUUACAAAUUCAAUUAAAAAAAAGAUGAAAUAA